UAUAUCUUACAUCUAUUUUUGUGUGUGCAACAAGGCAGCUCAUCAAAACCUAGGUCUUCAAUCUUCAAACCACCAUGGCAACAGAUCUCCGUGUAAGCAAGCGCUUCCGUAACUCCACCGUCACCGGCGACGCCUCCGCCAUCAUCGGCACCAACCUACGUAAAGUCCGAGUCAUCUGCUCCGAUCCGGAAGCCACCGACUCGUCCUCAGACGAAGAGGAUUCUGAUCGGAGCCAAUCCGGAAGGCGAAUUGUGUGCGAGAUUGUUAUCGGAGCGAAACCGGAAGAGGAUGGAGAGGUUUUGGAGCGGAAGGAGGGUUUGGAGGAGGAGAGGAAGAAGAAAUUGACGGGAGUUAGGUUAAGGAAGUGGGGGAAAUGGGCGUCGGAGAUCCGCGAUCCGUUUACGAGGAAACGGAUAUGGUUAGGGACGUUUAAUACGGCCGAGGAGGCUUCGGAUGCGUAUAUGGCGAAGAAGAAGGAAUUUCAAGCCAGGAGAGUAGAUUUAGUUAAUCAGAAUCGACAGAAAUUGUCGAAAUGUGAGGCCGGGAACGGGCCGGUUCAUUGGAAGAAACGGUGGCGUGGAUCGGUUUAUGAUCCGGCUAGGAAACAGGAUGUUGAUAGUGAUUUAGAGGAAGAGGCUUUGAAGGCGCUUGAAUCGAUGAAACGGGCGCAAUUGUCAGAGGUUAAAUCGCCGAAAACUGAGCAGUUGAGUGGUGGUGAAACUGGUGAAACAAACAGUGGGACGACAUCGGUUGAGGAUUCAAGAGAGGAGGAAAACAAGCCACCUUGGAUGGGAUUAGGGAUUGAUAUGCUGGUGAUUGAUAACCAUGGGCAUUUGUUGGGGAAGUUUAGUAGGUUGGAUGAUGAUCUUAAGAUUUGUUGAAGAACAAGCGGAUUCGAUUGUUAUGAAAUUACCAUUUGCUGGCUGAGCAUUUGUACAUUGUGUUGAUUCUGCUACAAGCAAUGGUAUUUGGGGGUCUUUCUUGCUUUAUUGAUGACUUUGUUUUUAUUUUGAUUUUCUUUUGAAUUUGGUGUUUCAUGUAGUGACUUGAGUCUAGUGAAGUCAUGGAUGACAAUUGCAUUAUUUGAUUCUGCAUUGCUUUUAGUAUUGCAAAGUUGUAUUCUUUUUAACUUUACAAAUGGGAAAUUAUAUCUGACUUGUUGUA